UUCACAGCCCUACUGGUUUCAUUCACUGUUUCUAGUCUCUGUCAAUACUUAAAACUUCAGAUGCUUUGCAGUAGGAAAUAUUGCCCAUCACUGGAAUCAAACACGCGCCAAACAGUUGUAUGAUUUAACGCGCAUCAAGAAUGCAGCGACCGCGCCAUCUAGCGCUCAAUUGGAAUGAAGUUACGUCACUCAAACGCGUCGUGUUCAUUGAGAUGAAAACCAGGUGUUGUGCUGAUUUUCGACUCUCCGCCAAAUUAUUACUCCCCUCGUUUAAAUCGCCACCCGAUCGACUAAUUCUGAUCGCCUAAUCCCUAAACCUAUCAAUACUAGGGGGAUAAUAAUCCGGCAGGGGUCAGGGCUGCUCGGCACUACUCUGAUUCUUUACAAAAAAAAAAAAAUAAUUUACUAAAUUAUUUUAUAAGAUAAGAAAUAUCGAAUAAACACACAUCGGACCGAAUCCUAACGGAAUCUCUUAGGUGAGAUAAAUAAAGAAGCCUCAAAUACUUUAAGGAACAAAACGCUAUUAUUCACCUUCUCGCUUUCUCUCUCCGUUUUUUUAAAAAAAGGAACUACAGAAAAGCCAAUGGUUUUGUAAAAAGUAUUUUGUCCAGCAACCGAUAUUCCCCAUAUAAUACUUUUCAUUUCCUCCCUAAUUCCUAUCUCUUCCUGUUUGGUGUAGAGGUGCGGUUAUGGGACAUUCCAGAUCUCUGUUGUACAUUGUGUCAGUUAAAUGCAGCUAUAGCUAUAUAUAAUUAUCUCCAGACGUCUCUCACAAAAUCAACCGGCUCUAUAAUUCCAACACCAAUCGCUCACAAUGAUUAGGGUAGCUGUGAUUCUUAAACGACUUGAGCUAUAAGUCUACCCACGUGAAGCAAGCGGCAGGGAAAUAUUCAAACAGUGAGGGGGACAUUUAAAUCCGUUUCAAAUCUUCACAGACGAGCAGAGAGAAAAACAGCUAAGAGAGGCUCACUGAUUGGUCUAACCUCACGAGGGGUGGGAAGACAAACCGCAGCAGAUAACAAACUAUUAAAACACGCUGCAUCUACCAAAGCGAAUAGAUGAUAAACGGUAAAGCCGGACCAGCACCACAACCCGGGAAAAAAAACACCUUCGAAUAGCACGCUGUUAAAAAAAAUAUCAACAAAAGGAGAGAUUUCAACUUGAACCUUUUAUCUGAAGAUUUUAGAGCCAUGACAUUCUUUGCAAUUCCUCGACCGCCUUUUCUCCUUCUCCUCAUUUUUCUGAACGCCUCAUCAGCUUCAAGGGCGAACAGCUCAGUCAGGGCGCGCACCAUGCCUUUAAUCAACGGUACACUUCCAGAAGAGUAUAAGGUGCUGAUCCAGAGCUACAGCUUUACAGUAGUGGUGCCUCUUAUCUGCCUCGUUGCCUUUCUCAUCGGACUUCCGUCAAACCUGUUGGCCCUUUUUGUGCUGCUCUUCCGGACCAAGAAGCUCCCAUCCACCAUUUUGCUGAUCAACCUCACCAUCUGCGAUCUUCUGCUACUGCUGGUGCUCCCCUUCCGUAUCAUCUACCACUUCCUGGGCAACAACUGGACAUUUGGAGAACCGUUCUGCCGUGUUGUGAUCGGGCUCCUCUAUGGAAACGCGUAUGGCUCAGUGGUUUGUCUGGCACUGAUCGCCGUGGAUCGCUACAUAGCUCUCGUUCACCCUUUUGGUGCCAAGAUGCUUCGAAGUAAAAAGAAUUCUGUCUGCAUGAGCGUUUUGGUUUGGAUAGUGGUUGUAGCUGCCGUUGUGCCUAUAUUAGCCUCACAGCAGUCUCAGACGAUAACCGACACUCAAACAACCUGCCAUGAUGCACUGCCCAUAGAACAGCAUGAAAAGUACUUUCUGCCGUACUUUGCUGUUCUCUUCUCCAUAUGCUUCCUGCUUCCGCUGCUGGUUGUAGUUUAUUGCUAUUCUGCAGUGUUACGCACUCUUAUGGCCGAAGGCCAGCGUUUUGCCCACGCGAUUAGAGUGACUGUGCUGAUGUUAAUGGUUUUUAUGGUUUGCUUUUUGCCUAGUAACAUUCUCUUGCUUUUGCAUUACUCCAAAUCAGCUUUUGACCUUUAUGUCCCAUACCAGAUCGCUUUGUCUUUCAGCACCUUCAACAGCUGCUUCGACCCUUUCAUCUUUUAUUACGUGUCUAAGGACUUCAGAAAGAAGUUAUGGGAGGCUCUCCGAUGCUCUAGGUCUGAUUCAGAGUCCUCCUCAGAACUGAGGACAAAGAUAACCUUACUAUCGAAGAUUACCAGAUCCGAGGGAACAGCCUGAUCAUGAAAUUUGCAUGAUAAGUAAAUCAGAAGAUAUUAGGUUAUGUAAAGUCCCUAAAAGUCUAGGGAGUGUUGAACGAUUGCUAUAGAGAACUGUCUGUCCACCCACCUUAAGUUUAAUUUGCACAGGAAAACUGGCAUGAGGAGAUAGUAACUCAUUUCCUCCUUAUUUCCUUUAGUCAUUAGCGAUACAGGAGACAAAUACGUAUUAAAAAAAAAAAAACAUUUAAAAAGGAAAAGCAUUCAGAAUUGAGUUUUGGUCAAAACCAAACUCAUUUUUACACCGCCACGAACAGUCAUGCAGUAUGAGUACAAUUCUGAGUUUGUAUAUUGUUAUAUAGUAUAGUAAAUACAGUCAUGAAGGAUUAUCUGUUAAUGUAGAAUAAAUGUAAAAUAGAUAACUGCAUGAAAGAUAAAAUGUAAGCGUGACAAUCCAGUGGUGUAGAGUAUUAGCCACUAAUUAGCAAAUGGAGAACUAAACUAAAAUGCUUUCAUUAGCCUGUUCUUGCAACAGAGCCAUAUAUAGUAUAUCUUUGUUUACUUCCUGUGUUUAAUCACAUCAAAUCUGCAACCAUGCCUCAAGAAGAGAUGAUUGUAUUUUCCUUGUUGUUAAUUUCUUAAAUCGAUUAUGCAAAUGACCACCAAAAAUGCAUUUGAAUGUAUAUUUAAACAGUAUGUUGUUUCAUAAUAAUAUAAAACCUGAUUUUUUCGACGACUUGCUUAAAAUGUAUUUCUCUCUCCAAUUACCUUUACUUAUAAAAUUAUAUGUACUAACAACACAAUUAAUCUAAUUUAUAUUUUAAUAAUUUGAUAAAUGGAGCCGCUAAAAACAACCUGAUCUCAUAAAAAAAUAUGCACUUUUUGUGUAACACUGUUUUAUGUACUACUGCACGUAUUGCCGCAGUUUCCAAGAGAAAUGUCCACAGUGGCGCUAAAACACAGGUUCAAUACGUGACCCUGGCACAUUUUUAUGACGUUGACAUAGGUCAGUAUUGCUGUGUUUUUAUUGCAUUGCUUAAAAUAUCAAAAUAUCUGUGGGCUGUCGCUAAAAGUUGCUUUAUCAUGUUGGAAAUAUACCCUAUCACCAAAUCCAAACCUAAACCUUCCUAUAGUGAAUGGCUAUAGUGUAAAACAAUUGCAAAACCAAUAUCAAAAGGCAUUUGUUGAUGCAACCAUGCCAUUUCAACUGCCUUUUACUCAGAUUUAAACGGUUUUAAGUGCAACACUGCAUCACGUGGGCUACCAAGUAUGUGUGAUGCUAACGCUCAAAAACACCAGUUUUCGAGUCUCCCAGAAUAUUAAUAUUAAGUCAUAACGUAAUAUUCCUCAAGUAAUUGCAUGAAAAUUACGCUUUAUUAAUCGAAACUCUACAUUUGUGUGAAAAGGAAUAAAAAGUAUCAGAGUUUUGCUGCCUCUAGUGUUCAUUUCUUUUGGAAACUGCACUGAUGUACUUAUUGGUACAUAUUCCGUGGCUCGCUAAGAAGUGCACUAAGGUGUGUUAAUGAGACCAGGUAUGCUAAAAUGAUCGUUCUGAACUUAAUACUUUUUAGUGUAGUGGUUCUCAAUUGGUUUGGCCUUCAUCAAGCCACGACCCAUUUUCUCUCUCUCUCUCUCUCUCUCUCUCUCUCUCUGUCUAUGCAGUUCAAAUCGAUGUUCUAAUGUAAUUUAUUACAUAAUUAAAUGUUUUAUCAGAAAUGUCUAUUUUACGUUUCUGUGGUCUGACUGACUGUAUUUAACUGAACACUGUCAUCUCAAAAAAUGUGGGGGAGUUAAUGUUUCAAAACCAAAAAUGGCCCAAUUUGUCUGAUAUCACUCUAUGUAGAGAGCGUUCUAAGUCAUUGUCAAAUGACCUGAAUUUUGAGAACGCAGCGGACAUACAGGACCGCACUGUGAUAAGAGCUCGCUCAAGUAUCGAGGAGCUAAACCAUUCAAGGCUUUAUAAGCAACAUGAUUUUUAAAUCUGUCCGAUGUUUGACAGGGAGCCAAUGCAGCGUUGACAGAACCGGGCUAAUAUGGUCAUACUUCCUAGUUCUAGUAAGGAUUCUAGCCGCUGUGUUUGGGACCAGCUGACGUUUGUUUAUAAGACAUGCACAUAAAUACACAUCACAUACAAACAUAUUUUGGUAAAAUGUGAAAAAGGUAUAAAAUAUGUAAAAUACCAUAUAUAAAAAUCUAAAUAUUUUAAAGCAAAAAAGAAUUUCUGCUUAAACUCAACUUAUCUUAAAACAUUCAGGUAAAUCAGGCCAGUAACUAAAAAAUGUGUAUUAUUUAACAAAACCAGAAUUCAGAAUGUCAGAGAGGCCAUCAAUACAUGGGUUAUGAAUCAUUAUUUGUAAAUGUGCUCCUUUAUUGAUUUAUUAUCCUUAUUAUUAAGAAGUAAUAUUGGAUAUGACAAGCCACUCACCUUUUUCUGGUCUGUACUAUAUAAACAAAGCACAUUUCUUUCACUAAAAUGAAGGUAAGGCUUAAGAAUAUGACUAAUACUGAAUAAACCAUUGUCUCUUAAUAACACAAUCAGUCUUGUAUUUGGAAUAUAAUCCCUCUGUAUAUAUUUUCACAACUAGGUGGUAUCAUUUCUUUUAUUAAUGUGUCAUUUUUCUGUUAGUAAACUCCCUAUCAAUUUGUCAUUAACAGAUGCUUUUGGCUUGGAAACAUAUUUAUAAAUCAUAAUUUUCCGUCACACAACUUUUAUUUUAUUUGGAACAACUGUAGCUAAUAUUUUACAUAAGAGGAAAGGUCAUCUCUGGCUAAACUCUAGAAAUAAUAAUGGUUAAUGGAGGCUCUUUGAUUUCUGUCCAUCUCCCUAAUCCUGAAUCUGCUUUGGUUUGCUCUAUUUGUUUUUCGGUUCAAAAAUUAUUAUUCUUUAUUUUUGGACCUUGUUAUUUCUAAUUUGUCUUGAUGAUAUUAAGUGGGCAUAUGUUUGGUCACUACUCAGACAUUUUAUGUAAAU